GAAAUCGAAUUCUCAUGGUGACAAGAAAGCUGUUCAUUUCGCUGACUCACUGGGUCUAGAUCUUUGCCACGUUCGCCCAUUCGUCUCUUUCGGUGAUCCAGACGACGAAAUAUUCGGCACGACACCACCACUUUAUUUCAAAGGAUUUCAUCAAGCCUCUUACGUGACCCCAUUGGCACCAGCACCACCACGUAAAAUCGGUACAAUUGGCGUGCCAACGUUCACCACAGUGCCCACUUACCUGCACACGCAUUUCACACCUGUAGGUGGCUAUGCCUGGCAGAACAACUUUGACCCGAAUGAACGUUUGAUCGCCAAAACACUCAAGCAAGGCGUUUGCCUUAAGUCAGUGAACACGAUCGGCACCAACCUCACUGGCAUUGUUGCGGUCGUUAACUACGCGUACAAAAAACAGGUGCAUAUCCGCUAUACACUGGACAGCUGGCGAAGUUUCAUUGACGUUCAAGCGUUAUACAUCAGUGGAUCGAUUGCUCAAAAUAUUGACACGUUCUCAUUCUCGCUCUUUCUUCCACAGUGUCUUCCAGUUGGAGCAAAAUGCGAAUUCUGCAUUCGGUGA